UUGUUUAGAGGGCGUGCGGCCAGGUGUUUUCGGCUAGCACGUGUGCAUGUCACAAAAGCCCUCGAGCAUGUGAAGAUGGUUAGAAGAACCAGGCGACGCGAUAUGUACGCUAUGUGGGACGCGCGAAUUGAUUGUGCCUGCAAAGACCAUGGUUUACCGUCUUCGCAAGUCUUGUACACUGGCCUUGCCCAGUCAAAUAUUCCCCUCAACAGGAACAUUCUUCACACACUAGCUCUGUACGAACCUCGGACGUUUGAAGUAAGAUCUCUUAGUUCGUCUACCGCAUCCUCCAUUGCAAGUGCACCAGUGGAGGAAGAUCCUGGUGUUGGCGAUCUCGUUCGAUCGGUGUGGAAUCAGUUGCGGUUUGGGUGGACCGUCUCAGUGACGCCAAGCUUCACUCCUGACAUUCCGAUUCACUUUCUUGGUCGGCGUUACAUUGAAUUCAGUGAUAAUGAAUUGAAAAAUAUCCCAUGUGGCCAGGUAGACGGCGACUUAGAGGCAUUUCUAGCCGAUUUCCAGUCUCGCCUCUGGUUCACCUAUCGUGAUUCCUUCCCACCCCUCCCUGUUCCUCAUUACGACUCAGGUAGUGACUCAGCAUCUUCCGCCUUCGACCCACCAGUUGCGUAUUUCAGGAGCACAGCAGUCCUACGACGCCACCUGCGUGACUCCAAUGUCCCGCCAACCCUCGGUUCGAGUCCCGCCAAGAAAAUCCCCCUUUCUGUGCGCACUUCCGACUGUGGUUGGGGCUGUACAAUGCGAUCGGCACAGAUGCUGUUGGCGCAAACUUUGAUCACCCACUUUCUGGGUCGUGAUUGGACGUACGCAGCAAAUAAGUGGUGCCCCUCCUUCUGGGUGUCACAGCAACCUCCACUCCAAGCCUCUCUUUACCUUUCUUACAGGGUAUCCUCCAAUGACCCGUCGGCAUCCCUUCACAGACAGAUAAUCAGGUGGUUUGCGGACUCACCGACCAAUCCUCUUUCGAUCCACAAAUUAAUCGAGGCCAGUGGAAGUCCUCCAGGCACCAUGUUUGGCCCUGCGGCCAUCUGCAGAGCUCUCGUGAUCGCCAUGGCGAUGGCGAACACAGGUGCAGCGCACGGCGACUGCCAUCUGAGUGAUGUCGAAGUCUACCUCGCUCGCGAUCGGGUCAUCUGCACAGAGGAAGUCCUCGACCUGCUUGAUCAGAGCUCCACCUCUCCCAAGUCCCCCACUCGUGGCGACCAAAAUGGCGCGUGCCGAUCGCAUGCAGGUGGACGUGGCGAUGCCUACACGUCCACGUCCCCCUUCGGCGACUUGGCGAAUUCCUACGUGUUUGACAGCCUACUGGCGCAGACGGCGGGUGGGCGUGGCCGGACCAGUCGCCGGACGCGCCACCGCGGCCUCCUCCUGCUGCUGCCAAUGCGAUUGGGCGCCGGCGACCGCGUCGACGCCGCCUACGUGCCGACGCUGCUGCGGCUGCUGCGCGACCCGGCCUUCGCGGGCCUCAUCGGCGGCAAACCGCGCCACUCCGUGUUCGUCGCCGGCGUCCAGGACGACAGGCUCAUCUACCUGGACCCCCACUUCUGCCAGGAGGCUGUCGAGGUGGCCAAAAACUCCGACAAAUUCGACGUCUCGUCUUGGCACUGCACAACUCCGCGCGUGAUGCAGGCGCGGCGCCUCGACCCGAGCCUGGCGAUCGGUUUCUACUGUGCCAGUCAGUCGGAGCUCUCGGGCCUCCUCGCUCGUCUCCCCCGCGUCUCGGAGGUGCGCUCCCCCACCAACCACUCGCGCCAUCAGCUGAUCGAGGUGGUUUCGGCGUCCGAGGCGCGUCACCUCUUCCCCGACCCCCAGCCCCACCUCUCUGCCCCUCUCUAUCCACCGAUUGACGAAGACGCUGAUGACGACGUUGAUGAUGUCUCGGACUUUUAA